AUGUCCGCUCCGCCACUUCUAGCAUUGCCCGGCGAGCUUCGCAACCGCAUCUACGAAUUCUGCGUCGAACCCAAAACUUUGUACAUGCCGAGGUACCCCAAGCGUACAAAGAAGCAUUACGCACAUGCCCGCUGUCGACUGUAUGGCAGCCUUCGGAAUGUGUGUCGGCAAAUGCGAGCAGAGUUCGGAUCACUAUAUAUGGCCAAGAAUGUUAUGGUCCUUCACCAAAUCACCGCAAACGCAUUUCUCGAAAUCUUCUAUCCCAACCUGAGGCAGCCGGAAGUCGCCAGCGAAGAGUCGCUGUUAGAGCGCAGUACCGUCGAUUCUAGCGUACAAGGCAACAUCCUGAUUAUGUCAUACUUCAACCAGCGGUACGAUGCCACACCCCUCGCACGCCUUUGCAUGAAGCAUCCCAAUUUCAAAGUCACUUUCACCGAUGCAAGUGCGUCCCUCCGUCUUGCUGUCGUCCUAGAUGACCUCUUCGCCAAAAUCUCGUCCGGUGUAUUUCGUCCGGACUUGGAACGCCUUAUCAAAAGAGUUGACAUCUCCUGCAGCUUGCUUCCUGAGAUGCGCUUUACUUUCCAAUCUAGACGCUCAAUGGAGGAUCUUUUUGAACAGGAUGGAACUAUGGAUCCACGGCAGGCGCUGAUCAAGAUGGAACUGCGAAACAAAAUCUACAGCUUUUGCGUGGAGCCGGUGCCUGUCUCGCUACGUCUCCGCCACGAAGACAACACUGAGCCAGUGGGAAAGUUCCGCUGCUUAAUGCAGACAUGUCGACAAAUCCGACGCGAAUUCCAGCCUCUCUAUAGGAGCCAAACAAUCAUUCGGCUAGAAUCCACAUACCACUACGCUCGGUAUAUCCGCGAUUUCUACCCCCCAGCUGACGAGGAUACUAUGUUACGUUACCGUGGAAGCAUCAUCAGUUUAAUCAACCACAGCUCUGAUACGUAUGGCGAGAAAGAAUUCUACGAUGUUGAUAUUGCUCGUGUGGUACAGCUUGUCGCACGUUCGCCUAAUGUACAAUUCAAAUUCGAAUUACAUGAGCGUUUGCGUAGAUUUAGUGCACGGCACGCUGUCGCACAAAUGAACAGCAUGCUGGCGUUGUUUGCUGAUCCAUCCCAGACGAAGUGGCGCGACGUGGCCAAGGCAAUCAAAGAGUUGAGGCUUAGGAUCUGGAAUGACGAUUCGAAAAUAAGAAUCACCAUGAACGAAGAAAUGGCCAGGCAGUGGAAGACUACAGUCUUUAGAAUUUGGGACGACGCAGCUGAGCCUACGCGGGGCAUACGUGAAAUCAGGCUUGCAUAUGUUGAUGAAAACGCAAGUUGGCGCCCUUAUGUUCGUCGCUACGAGUUCCCUUUCGAUGACUAUCGGGAUAAGACCAUAAGCUGGUCAUGGAGUGUUCCAUAA